UCUGAAUGCGUGGAAAGAUGCCGUCCAGGUUCUAGCAAGAAAGUGAAGGAAGGGAAGCCAUUUUGCUGCUACGAUUGCAUCUCAUGUCCAGAAGGAAAGAUUUCACAUGAGGAGGACAUGGGUGACUGCUUUAAAUGCCCUGAUGAAUAUUAUCCAAACAAAAACCAGGUUGCAUGUAUCCCCAAGGACAUAAAUUUCUUGUCUUAUGAAGAACUAUUGGGGGUCAUUUUAGCUUCUUUUUCUCUCUUCUCUUCAAUUAUCACAACUCUGGUAUUAGGAAUCUUUAUAAAGCACCAUGACACUCCCAUUGUCAAAGCCAACAACCGGGAUUUGACCUACAUUCUCCUCAUCUCCCUCCUGCUCUGCUUUCUUUCUGCCUUGCUAUUCAUUGGUGAACCUCAGAAGGUGACAUGUCUCCUUCGGCAAACUGCUUUUGGCAUCAUCUUCUCAGUGGCUGUUUCUUCAGUUUUGGGAAAGACUAUUAUUGUGGUUCUGGCUUUUAUGGCCACCAGACCAGGAUCAAUAAUGAAAAAAUGGGUGGGGAAAGGACUGGCCUACUCUGUUGUCGUUUCCUGCUCCUUUAUUCAAGCAGGCAUCUGUACUAUCUGGCUGGCAACUUAUCCCCCAUUCCCAGAUGUUGACAUGCACUCAAUGACAGAAGAAAUCAUACUAGAAUGCAAUGAGGGGUCUGUGGCAAUGUUCUACUCAGUCAUUGGCUACAUGGGUUUCCUGGCCACGGUUAGUUUCACAGUGGCUUUCUUUGCCAGGAAGUUACCUGACAGUUUCAAUGAAGCCAAGUUCAUCACUUUCAGCAUGUUGGUCUUCUGCAGUGUUUGGUUAUCCUUCAUUCCUUCUUAUAUGAGCACCAAAGGAAAAUACAUGGUGGCUGUGGAGGUUUUCUGUAUCUUAGCAUCCAGUGCUGGGUUGCUGGGCUGUAUCUUUUCCCCAAAAUGUUAUCUAAUUUUGUUGAGGCCAGAGCUGAACAAUAGGGAACAGCUAAUAAGACAAAAUGUUUGUUGA